AGCGACAAACUCAUAUGCAAGUGCACUUUUUUUUUUUCAUUUUUGGGUAACGUUUCAAAAUUCUAAUAUAAAAAAAAAAAUAAAAUCAAAAUCCUAACAUAUUCCCCCACUACACUUGUGUCAAAACAUACCUUUGAGUCAAUGUACAGCCCCAUGUGAAAUGAAAACACACAACUUCAAAUGAUUUUGUUUACUAAUGUAGGUAGACUUCCGCUCUAGCUGUCCCCCUCCCCCCACCCUCGGAUAAACAUAAGUUCGCUAGAUGAAAAGUGAAGAUUUUAUAUCCUAUGAAGAAUACAAAAGUAAGUGUAUGGCCAAUACGUUCCCUGGACACACCAGAGGUGUAAUCACUGAAGGUCUGAACACAUACAUGUAUCACUUGUUUCUACUUUUCUCCUUAUUGAAUGUGUACACACGCUCGUGUAUAUGAAUGCUCUUGUAUAUAUCUUUAAAUAGGCAGCUUGUAGAACGUGAUUCAGUGUUUUGAUUCAGAAUUUCGUAAAAUGGUUUUCAUUUUUUGCAUUCGGUUAAUAGAGUAUCUAGACUGAACCAUACAUUUAACUGUACACCAUACUAGAUUCACACUUUGAUAUUGGAGUGUGGCGUAACGGAAAAUCUGGAGCUGACCGGAGCUUGUUAUUGAAUGUGUUUGAAUGCUCUUGUAGGUAUCUUUAGGCAGCUUGUGUAGAGUGACUCAGUGUUUUGAUUUAGAAUUUGAUCUUUUGCAUUUUAAUAGAGUAUUUACUUGACUGUAAUUAAGGAGAGGGGGAUUUUAGUAAGUGGACCAAUAAAGUUUACCUUUCUAAGACGGGUUUUCACAACUUGUAUCAUACCUGUGUAAUCUAAAAAUAAAAUAUUUUAAUAAUGGUUGGAUAGAGCCUGACAGAUUCCUCAUAGGAAUAUAAUUUACCGUCUUCAUUGACAAGAUCAUUAACAAAAUGUACAUUAUAGUCAUACAAGUUCCUAUGGAAGAUAGCUUUAACACGUAAUGAGAAAAUUGGGAUUAAGAAAUAAUGGUAGGCAUAUUGUAUGUAUAGACUACCUGAUUUAGGCCUAUAUUUUUCAUUGAUUUUAUCUCGAAACACAAUCUAGGUUUUUGAAUAAUAUGUACGCAAAAUCUGUUAUCAAUUUUACAUGUUCUAAGCAAGUCUUUCCACAGGUAAGUAUUUUAAUCCAAAUAUUAAGUUGUCUUUAAGAUUUGGAGAGGGAGAGAUUUUAUACCGUUUCAUCUGAAACCACAGCGGUGCGUAUAUUCACCUUUAUGUGCUAAAAAUCAUAAUUUUAGAUUUCUAUUGUGACGUCAUAAAAUUGCGUACGCAAAUUCAAUGAAAAACAAUAGCGUGACGUCAUAAUGUAUAGUUUGGUUGAGAAGUGCCAACAAAGGUGCAUUCUGACGAGUUGCUACAAAGGCAUCAGUCAUUAUUCGGGACAGUGUUCGCUGUUUCUUUAGCUUAAAAAUUCUGAAUUACCAUGGAUAGUACAGAGAAGACUGUGUGGGUCCAAUUUAGGACCCACUAUGUUACCAACAGCGAAGAUCUUGUUUUGGGUAUCACUGGUUCCCUCCCAGAGUUAGGGCAGUGGAACGUGACACGAGCCGUAAUAGCAGAUGAAAUUCCCAAAAGAUCAGGGGAGUGGAUUGUAUUAAUCGAACUUCCAGUAAAUGUCACGUUUGACUGGAAGUGGGUAGUACUUUCCCAGGAAAACGCCACGAUGACCGCGUUCCGGUGGGAGGAGCGAGGCAAUAGAAGAACUGUACUGCAGGAACGGGGUCGUCGAUGUUACGCCGCGUGGAAUUACGACGCGGCGUAUGAAACCAUCACCAAAUUUCCAGUUGAUGAAUGGAAAUGGAUAGAUGAUGAUGCUCAGGAUGAUAAUGGACCAUCUCCUGAGAGUGAAUAUGUCCCCUCGAGGCGUGUAGAGGUAGGCUACCUUACUAGUGUCGUGGUAUCGUCCUAUCAAGAUAUCCGACACAAAGUGGUAGCCUUUUGUCAGUCGAUAAGGGGGAUUUUCAGACGAGGCUGAACAGAUGAGGACAUUUAUAUCUACAGUUCUAUCAUUCCUGCAUUAAUUCAAUGAUUUUUUUUUUAUUGCAAUCUACCUCAUGUGAAUAAAU